AUGCGAGGUUGCCAUCAGGGAUCUUUUGUCGUGUCCACCAUUCCUCAUCCUACCAACAAAGUCCAACAGGAAGAGUGGAAGUUCACUCAGCCACUGAAUCUUUGGUUCAUCACUAAAUCUGUUACUGGCGUGACUGAUUUUGUCACGAUUCUCUGGUUAAAAAGAGAAAACGUGUUCACUUCUUCGGUUGUGAAAGGGAAGCGUUUCCCCAAUAUAACCAGCCUUGUCCACUACAUCAUUGAAAAAAAGAUUAAAGUAGGAAAAGAGAAGGGUUCGACAGUUUUGGUUGACGUUUUCAAGCCACAUACAUAUUUUGAUCAAAUUCGUGAAAAGGUGAUUUUAGUUUGA